AUGGCUACAGCGACAGGAGUGACUUCUAAUCAAACAUGCAGUUUAAAUAAUGAAUCAGCAAAAAUUGAUAAUGAUACAGAUAACUUUAAGUUAGAUUUGGGCGAUUUAAAGUCUGGUCCAAAAAGACCCAUACUAAAGACAUUCCCAUUAACGAAAUUUGGUACACAAAAUCAGGGCUUUAAUUCUUCAUAUUAUGAGAAUCAUACUUGGCUUGAGUACAGUAUAAGCCAGGAUGCAGUAUUUUGUUAUGAGUGUCGAAUAUUUGGAAGCUAUCAAAUAGAACCUACAUUCACAUCUAUUGGGUUAAAAAAUUGGAAAAAGUUAUGUGGAUCCAAAGGUCUUAAAAAUGGUAAACAAUCAAAGCUUGAUGCUCAUGCCAGUACAAAAACUCAUUUAACUUGUAUGGCAAAAUGGUCAGGACAUAAUGAUGUUAAAAAAACUGACACAGUUCACACUCAGCUUUCGCCAAUAGAGAAUAUAUCAAAAGCCCAAUUGAUAUAAUAGUUUAUUUAGCAUCUCAAGGAUUAGCCUUCAGAGGCCACGAUGAAACAAAUACUUCAUUAAAUCAAGGGAAUUUUAAGGAAACCUGCGUUUUACUAUCCAAGCAUGUACCUACAUUUUCAGAAAAAUUCAACAAAGAAACAAAUUACACUAGUCACCACAUUCAAAAUGAAAUUAUUAAUAUAUGCUCA